AUGCUGCCGAGGAUUACUGGAAAGUUCAUAGGCCUGUCGCACCUACAUCCCGUGUUGAGAGAAUGCCACCUCCUCAGAAACUUUACCAAGAGAGCAAGUGGGUUCCAAUGGUUGAAGCAACUUGAUCAAAACGGAUUCAGCACCGCCUCUCCUCUCAGACAGCAUUUGAUGGAGGAUGUUGAUGGUAUUGUGGCUAUCAGUUCGUUACUGUUAAGUUGGAAAGCAUUGGGUCACCAGAACAAGCAGCAGUUGGGACCCACGCUUUCCAAAGUGGAAGAGUUGAGUGGUUUGAAUGUAGAUAUAGAUGCCACUGCAGAGUGCGUUGAGAGAGUGAGGCAGCUGGAUCAAAGAUAG